AUGCAAAAAUUUAAUUUAGAUCUCUACCAUAACAGUGAAGGUGUCUCUUUUCAUACAUCAAAUAAAAUAUCUACUUCAAAAGUAGUAUUUUUUCAAAAUUACUUGCCAUUUGGUGUUUCAAUACAUAAUGUAAAAAUAAUUGAUAAGAGUAAACAUGAUUUUCAAGUUAAUUUAAUAAAAAAAUUUGUUCAAAUAGCACCUGGAGAUACAACUCCUGCUGUAAGAAUAAAAUAUUUAAAAAAACAGGAGAAUGGUUAUGAAACAUCAAUGAAAAUUUAUACAAAUAUUUCUAAUUAUGAAGUGCCUAUUAAAAUAUAUAAUGGUGAACUUGAGAUAAUAAUAAAUUCAAUUGAUAAAACUCAAUUUGAUUUUGGGACUUUAUCACCAUCAGAUGAAAGAGCAAUCCAUUUCACAAUUCAGAAUUAUGGAACAGUCCCAAUAGCUAUUGAAAAAUUUUAUAAUCCUCUAGAACCAUUUAUGAAAAUUGUUUAUAAAGGACAAAAAGAUGUACCAACAGGAAAUGAUAUAUUAAGUGAUGAAAAAAGUCCUCCAACAUAUUCAAAAGGAGAUGAUGAAAUAAUAAUAAAAGGCAAAUCAAUUAGUUAUUUUAAAUUAGUACUAAAUCUUACUGAUUAUUCACCAUUAUUUAAUUUUCACAAAAAAAGUAGUAAUAUUUUCAGUAUAAUAACAAAAUUUAAUAUAUAUCAAUAUAAAAUUUUAUUUAAUAUUUCACCAGGUGGUUUAAUUCAUAUUCCACCAUAUAAAGAAUUAAAUUUUGGUGAAAUAUUUCCAGGACAGGUAAUUUCAAAAAGAUUAUAUUUAUUCAGUUAUUUUCCCCAAAAAAUGAAUCUUCUUAGAUUAUCAACAUUAAAUAAUCAGGGAAUUCUUUUUUUUGAAAGUAAUACAACAAUAACCAAUAAUGACAAUAAUAAAAAUAAGAAUGAUUUAAUAAUACAAUCUGGUAAAAUUAAUGAUCUCAAUAGAGUUAUUUUAAUACCACAUUUAUCAUGUAAUGAACAUUGUUAUAUUGGUAUUCAACUUCAUUCAUCUGAUGGGCAAUGGUUUACUUAUGGAAUGAAAUUACCACAAAAUUUAGCUGAAAUUGAUUAUUAUUUAUUUAAAAAUAUGAAAAAUAGAUAUGAAAGAUUAAUAGGAAUGAAAAAAAAUAUUAUUGAAGAUAGUAUUAUUAUUGAUACAACACAUGUUAAAAAUUAUGAAAUACCUAUUAAAGGUGAAUUGAUAUGGCCAAAACUUAUGACAACUAGUGAAGUUAUCUUUCCAUUAACUGCUGUUGGUAAUUAUACUAUUAUGAAUUUAACUAUACAAAAUCCAUCACUUCAACCAAUAAUUGUACAAUUAUUACCUCUUGUUAUUUAUCCAGAUGCUGAAGCAUUUUUACAUUCAUUUAAAGAAUUUUUACCACCAAUGCCUCAACCAAUAGAAAUAAAUGAGACAUUAAUGUUUAGUUUACGUGAUACUGAAUUAUUUACUCUUCGCCCAGAUAGUCCAGUACCUAAGUUAAGAGAAGAUUUAGAAAGUAUUGUUAAUACUCCAAUACCAAGGUUUACUUUAUCAAUGUUAUUACAACCUGGUAUGAAAGUACGUAUUAGACUUGGAUUUCUUCCAACUGAUCAUAUUUUACGUUCCUCCCUUCUUAUAAUACGUAAUAAUUUAACAAUUGUUGAGUCAGUCGUCUUAAUGGGAAGAGGUGCACACAUAAAUAUGGAGGUUGAUGGCAAACUUGCAAGAACAAAAGAUCCAUUGUUAUUUGAUAUUCAGCCAUUCCAUUUGUCUGACUGUCAUAACCCAAAACGUCUAAAUCAUAAAUUAAGUACAACUUUAACUGUUAAAAGAAGUUUUAUGGUAAAAAAUACUGGUGAAAUACCAUUUACUGUAGUUAAUAUGAGUAUAAAUAAUUAUAUAUGUGAAAACCGUGGUUUUAGAGUAUUAAAUUGUGAACCAUUUACUUUAAAACCUAAUGAAACACAUAUCUUAGAUAUUGCUUAUACACCAGAUUUUUUAAUGUCGUGGAAUGAGGCAGCAUUACAAUUAUAUAUGCAUAUGAAUAGUACAUCAUGGAUGUUUCCUAUUGCUGCUGCUAUACCUAAACAUAUGCUAUCUAAAUGUUAUUCAGCUUUACCAAGACCUCCUUUUGAAGGUUUUAUGUACUAUUCUUGUGUUUCUGCUUUAAUAUUUUGCCUUAUUUGUGUUAUAGCAUGUGCCUAUUUAGAGGGUGAUCGUACAAUUUCUCAUGCAAUACGCCUUCAAUAUAUGCCACCAAAAAAAGUUUUUGAUUUUAAAGAUAUAUCAACACAAACUUCUACAUCAACUACAAUUAGAAAUACAAAUAGUAAUAUUGAAGAAAAUAAUGAAUUAUCUCUUUGGAAAAAAGGAAUAAAUUAUAUAAUAUCUAUUGUACUUUAUGUAUGUAGUUUAUUUUGGCAUGAAAAAAUUACAGCAACAAGAUUAAGAUCUUCAAUGAAGGAACCAUCAAAAGAUAAAAAGAAAGCUGUUAGUGAGACAUUUAAAUUAUACCAGGAAACAACAAGAUCAAUCCAAAAAACAGCUUUAGAUACUUUUAAAAUGAGAAAUCCUGGUUUAUUAAAAAAAGAUAUUGAUCUUGAGGAAAUAACAACAAAUAUUAAAUUUAAGAUAAAUGAAAAUAAUGAUAAAAAAAAUAUUAUAGAAGAUGAAAAAGAAGAAAAAAAUGAAGAAACAAAUAGUGUAAAAAGAUUUCCAGAAAUUGGAAAAGAAAAUAAUAUUAUUGAAAAAGUUGUACAACAAUCAAAUUUAAAUACUAAAAAUCAAAAAGGAAAGAAAAAAGGUAAAAGUAAUAAAUCAAAUAUUAUUCAAAAUAAUAAAUUAUCUAUUAUUGAAGAAGUAAAAAAUAAGUAUGAAAAGAAAGAUAAAAAAUAUAAUGGAAAAGAUGUUAUUGAUAAUAAAAAAGAAUCAAGUAUUAUUAAUUGUGAUUUAAAAGAAAAAGAUAAAAAUAUAAAGAAUACAUCAAAUAUUUUAAAUAUAUUAAAAGAAAAAGUUGAAGCUGAAAAGAAAAUUGUUAAAGAGAAAAAGAUUGAUAAAAAGAAGAGUGAAGAAUUUGAUAAUAGUAUUGAAAAAGAAUCUUUAAAAGAACAACCAAUUGAAGAAGAAAUUGAUGAUAAAGAUUCUGUUAGUUUUAUUCAAAAAUGGAUUGAUUCAACUAAGGAUGCUGAAAAAGAAAGUUCCCCUGAUAGUGUUAAAUCAUCAUCUAAAAAAGAAGAUAUUGAAGAGGAAUGUUCAUAUAUUGAUGAUGAAGAUGUUGUUGAUGAUAUGGAUCCAGAAGAAAUGGAUCCCGAGCUUUUAAUAAAAAAAUACAAAGAACUUAAGACAAAAUAUGCUAAAGAUUCAUCUAAGAAAACUUUACCUACUGAAAUUGAUAUGGAAAAAGUAAAACAGGUUCAAAAAGAAAUACUUACUCAACAAUUUAAUAUGCCAUUGGAUGAUGUAGCUCAAUGGGAUCCAGAUAAUCCAUGUCCUCCUUAUCAAUUUAUGGAUCUUAAUAGUUUAGUUAGUGAUAUUAUUUCACCUAAUGGCAUAUAUAAUGCAGAAUACAUGAAUUCAUUUAACAUUAAUCCAGCAGCCUUCAAUCCAUCAUUAAAUGAUCCAUGGAAUAUAAUGUCAGCUUUUACACCAGGUCAAAAUUUCUUUCCACCUGAACAUCAGAUGGAUAAUAUUUUUACAAAUAUUGAUACAACAAUUCCAUCAACAGGAUCAUCAAAUUAUUUUCAAAAUACUUCAUUUCCCAGUUUUGAUAGAAAUCCACAAAUAAUACCAACAACAUCUAUUUCUCAAUCAUCUAUGAUAAAUACUUCACCACCAACAACAACAACAUCAAAUACCACACAACAACAGAAUAAUUUCCCUAUCAGCUCAACAGAUGAAUUUAGAAUAUGGAAUCCACUUACACAAGAAAAUAAUGAGACAUUUGAUAGUUGGAUGAAACAUACAGGAAUUGAUAAAAUUAUUGAUGAUGAUGAAAAGAAAAAAUAA